AUUAAAAAUGCAAAAUAGUAGUCCAUUGUUUUUUAUCUUAAAAAUUUUAAGUGUCCCUUUUUCCAUUGAAAUUGGAUCAAUUUCUUCACCCUCCCCUUCUACAUUACCUACUUGGUUGAUUCAUUUCUCCGUUAAUUCUUUUUUUUUUUGGAAGGAAUUAGGAGAAAUGAAAAUCAAGAUUCAAGAACUUUUGUUGGUUUUUUCUUUGCAAGGUAUAAAAGAAUUGUCUUGCUAAAACCAAAUCGGAGGGAAUAGGGAAGAAUUUGAUCAAUUCUUUUUCAGUUGAAAGAGCUACAAGAAAAAUGAGGAAAACUCACUUGAAAUCCUCUAGGAGUUCUGUGAAUGAAACGUUAUCCGGCAAAUAUGAUGAUUCAGAGGGCUUGGCCACCAUUCUUAGAAGUGCUACUAUGCAUCCAGGGGUCAGCAAGCAGAAGUUGAUUGCUGAAGAUAUACUUAGAUAUGGCAAUGUAAACAUUUCAGCAGAAGUAUUCACAUUCCGCGAGUUGGCUCAUGCGACAGACAACUUCAAUCCUGAGCUUCUAGUUGGUGAAGGAGGAUUUGGAAGGGUCUAUAAGGGACACCUCAAAACAACUGACAAAGUUGUUGCUGUCAAACAACUUGACAGGAAUGGAGUUCAAGGAAACAGGGAAUUUCUUGCAGAAGUCUUGACUUUAAGUCUUGUUAGCCAUCCUAAUCUUGUCAAUCUGAUAGGAUAUUGUGCUGAUGGCAACCAAAGAAUUCUUGUCUACGAAUUCAUGGAGAAUGGAUCUUUAGAAGAUCAUCUUCUUGAUUUGCCAUCAAACAUGAAGCCAUUGGAUUGGUAUACCAGAAUGAAGAUAGCUAAAGGCGCAGCGCAAGGACUAGAAUACUUGCAUGAUAUCGCCAAUCCUAAGAUAAUCUAUCGUGACUUCAAAGCAUCCAACGUAUUAUUAGAUGGGUUCCUUAAUCCAAAGCUUUCAGAUUUUGGGCUUGCAAAGUUAGGUCCAGCGGAAGGCGAGGAUCACGUUUCUACAAGGGUUAUGGGGACCUAUGGAUACUGUGCACCAGAGUAUGCUAUGACAGGACAGCUGACAUCUAAAUCUGAUGUAUAUAGUUUUGGAGUUGUUCUGUUGGAAAUUAUUUCAGGGAGAAGAGCUAUUGAUAAUACAAGACCACCAGGGGAGCAAAACUUGAUUUCUUGGGCCAGACCACUUUUUAAAGACAAGAACAAGCUCACUGAAAUGGCUGACCCAUUGCUCGGAGGAAAUUACCCUGUAAAGGAAUUUCGUCAAGCUCUUGCGAUUGCAAAUAUGUGUCUCCAAGACGAAGCCAACACGAGACCUCUGAUUUGUGAUGUUGUUACAGCUCUUGAGUACUUAGCCGUGCCGAGAGAUGAUGAAGAUACAGUUAGCACAUCAGAACCAGAGGAUAGUACUGAUGAGUUGUGUCUCAAGGACUUAACAACGGAGGACUUAGCAACAGAAACUAAUUGUGUCAUAAGAUGAAGUACUCUUUUUUCCUGUUUUACCAUUUUUUUCUCCAGCCAAGAAAAGCAGAAAAAAGACAGCCUUUUUAGCUUUUGCUGAUUGUAGACUUCUGUACUUUUUGAUGUUUGAGAAAUAUAAAAGAUUUUUUUGAGUUUUUGACAAGAAA